AUGGCGUCCUUCGACUGGAGCGAGGACAGCGUCCGGGAUGCUAUCAACACCCCGGAGAAGCUCGAGGCUUCCUUCAAGAUCGCCGAUGUCGACGGCGACGGCCGCAUCAACCCCAAGGACGCGAAGGAGUUCUACAGCGCAUCGGGGCUGCCCAACCACCAGCUCUCCCAGAUUUGGCGAGCAGCGACCCGAGGGACCAUGAAGGCCAUCUCCUCGCUCGAGGACUUCAAGGAGAGCCUCGAGAUGACGCUGCUCCUGCGCGCCCAGGGACCGCAGGCCUCGCUCCCGGGCUUCAACCAGAUGCGCCAGUCCGCGCCUGCGCUCCCGACCCAGCGCCCGGCCGUAGCGCCCGGGAGCCCCACAGCUGCCAACGCAUCGUCCCCUCAGGCCUCGCCCACGAACAUCCCGGCGGCCCCGAAGGACACCGGCGCGUCCGCGAGCGCUGGCUUCGAGGACCUGAUGCCGGGAGCGGCGUCCAGGGCGGCUGCCACGUCAGCUGCGUCCGGUCUGACGUCGCAAGUCUCGGGACCUUCUGUGGAGCAGCUCCAGGCGGAGAAGGCGUCGCUGCAGGACACCUUGGACACCCAGCUGCGUCCUCAGGUGCAGGCAGAGGAGGGGCGCGUCCAGGAGAUCAACAAGCAGGUCGCGGCGCUCCAGGCGGAAAUCAGCGCCCUGAAGGCCCAGACGGACGAGCAGGGCCAGCGGCUGGACCAGCUCGGCAGGGAGCGCGAGGCCGCCGAGCGCGCCCUCGAGGCGGCCUCGAUGGAGCAGUACGAGGCCCGCUCUCGUCUGCAGCGCGCCAAGCAGGAAGCCGACUCCCUGCAGGCCCAGGUCGAGUCGGUGAAGCAGCAGGCCGCCGAGCUCGAGGCGGAGACGCGUGACAUGAACGCGCAGGCCGACGCGUCCGAGGCCCGGGCGGCCGCCGCGAAGGCCGAGCUCGAGAACGCCCAGACCGCGCUCGCGAAGGGCUCGACGGCGGCCGCCGCGGCCGCGAACGCGGUGCCCGACUGGACCAGCAGCGCCUUCGGCGCGCCCGCGGGGGGCUCCGCGGACCCCUUCGGCGACCCCGGCGCGUCCAAGGAGCCGUUCGGGUCCCCGGCCUUCUCGUCCACUGUUCCGAAGGACACGGACAACGGCCCGACGGCCCAGGCGGACGACCUGGGCGCGGCGUUCGGGAACGACGCGUUCGGCGGGGACGCGUUCGGGUCGCAGCCGCCGGCGCCGUCGGAGCCCGUGCACGUGCAGACGGCGUCGCUCGGGACCACGCUCGACGGCUGGGACGACGCGUUCGGCAACACGCAGCCCCCGACGCCGCAGUCGUCGCAGCCGCAGGCGCCCGCGGCCCCGCAGGCGCCGCCCGGGUGCGAGGGCCUGCACCGGCUCAAGGCCGCGGAGCGCGAGAAGUGCGAGCGCGCCUUCCACAAGUCCUACGAGCGCCGCGGCGGCGUGACGCUCUCCGAGGGGCAGGUGCUCUUCCAGCGCGCCGCGCUGCCGAUGGACCAGUUCUCGCGCGUGUGGCAGCUGUCGAACCGCGGCGCGGCGUCGUCGCUGGACCUGGAGGGCUUCUGCCUCUUCAUGGGCCUCAUGAAGGCGAUGAAGGUCGGGACUCCCCCCCCCGCGUCGCUGUCGCAGACGCAGGCGGCGUGGAUCAUGGGCGCGGAGCUGCCGGCGUCGCAGGCGCCCGCGCCGGCGGCGCCCGCGGCGACGGAGACGCCCGGCGACGUGGCGUCGCCGCCGCCCGCGCAGCCGCUCAUCCCCGACCCCUGGGACGCGCCCGUGCCCGACGGCGCGCACACCACGGAGUCGAGCUUCCAGCAGUCCCCCGCCACCGCGGCGAUGCGGCAGCAGGCCGCGGCCGCGAAGCAGCCGGCUAACGGCACCGGCGGCGGCAAGGAGGACACGUCCGAGGACGAGCGCGUGGCGCAGCUGCAGAACAUGGGCUUCUCGCUGCUGGACGCGGAGCACGCGGUGGAGCGGUACGGCGCGAACCUGGACGCGGCGGCGGACUGGAUCCUGUCGGGCGGGCCGCAGAAGCUGGCGCAGGAGGCGCAGGGCGGGGCGAGGGGCGCGUCGCGCACGCAGUCGAUGGGCCGCGAGCGGCGCCCGAGCGACACGGGGUCGGACCACAGCCAGCAGUCGUACAUGUCGUUCCGGUCCGCGUCGAUGGGGCGGCCCGUGCCGGCGGGCGCGCCGGGGCAGUGGUCGGAGGCGACGUUGACCGACCGCCUGAUGCUCACGCUGGAGCAGCUGUCGUGCGACCCGGGCCGGGAGCACAUGGAGCACCCGUACAUCCGCAUCUCGCUCGUGGACACGCAAGGCAACAACAUCGAGAUGCCCGACCGCACGCGCCCGGCGCCGCAGCCGAUCCAGGACGCGGUGUGGCGGCUGAACCAGAUGCAGCCGCUGCGGCGGCGGUUCGCGGAGAUGCCGAUGGGCGCGGUGGUGCUGCUGGAGGUGAUGCAGUUCAAGCAGCGCACCUCCAAGGAGUCGGUGCGCGCGUGGGCGGCCAUCCGCAUCCAGGACGUCGUGCGCCCGCUGCCGAGCGGCGAGGGCGUGCAGAUCCGGCAGGGCGCGCUCAACCUGAAGCUCUUCCUGAAGCCGUCGGACCCGACGCUGCGCAAGCUCAAGCCCAUGCCGACCAAGAAGUACCCGAACCGGCUCACGGUGCGCCUGGGCGUGGCCACCGAGGGGGCGUCGUGA